UUUUUAACAGCUUCUGCCGGGAGCCCCCCACGUCCAUGUCCGGGUCCGUCCUGGAGGCCCUGACCCUCUCCACCGCCAUGAAGUGUGCCCCCCCCGACGGCUGCUCCCUGCUCCUGCGCGUCAAUGCCUCUCUCACACUGCGCGAGGGCCUGCGGGGCCUGGAGGCCUGCUCCAUGAGCCUGGACACCCAGGAGACACAGUGCCAGAGCGUGCGGGUCCCCAGGGCCUCCCGCCGGCUGCAGGUGGGGCAGCAGCUCCAGGUGCACUUUGACUGCUUUGAGGUGAGCGUGGCCCAGAGCCUCUACGUCACCCUGAGGACUGUCCCCCACUUCUGCGGGGUCCAGCUGGGCCAGCGGUACCAUGUGGAAGACUGCGCAGACGAGGACGUGGCGAGGAACGUGCCCGACUGCUUUGCUGGGAAGCUCUCCUACUGGGUGGACCGCAGCCGCAAGGUCGUUCUGGUACAGGUGCCAGAGUCAGGGGGCCCCGACUACUACGUGCGGCUCUGCCUCAAGUGGUUCACCUGCGAGGACGUGGGCGCCCCGGUGCGAGUGACAGCGAACAGGGUCUCCCAGAGGGUCUCUCUGCCCUACAAGCAAGAGUUGUCGUGCCUGUGCCUUGAGGGCUGGCCUGCGACGCCUGACGCCGUGCGGAUCCAGACCUGCCCCUUCAAAGAUGACACGGAGACCCUGUGGGACGCCGUCCGCUACCACCCGGGGAGCCGGGCGCUGAGUUGGGAGCCUGCCUGUCCCAUGAGUGGCCGUGUGAGUCUGUGCUGGCGCCCAGGGCCAGGGCCCCAGUGCCUGGAGCUGGAGCACUCCGGCCGGCCCGCACACAGCAGGGUGCAGUACCCUCUUGUGGACACCCAGCCCCAGCUCUGCCUGAAGUUCUCCACGAGCCUGGGCUUCCCGGUGAGGUGCCCUUUUGAGCAGCCGCGCUUCCCAGGUGAGCCCUCCGCGGGGCGGGAGGGAGGCCGGCUGGGGCCUUCGCAGGGUGGCCGCAGCAAAGAAGGCCCUUUUCUUUGCUUGUGUAAAUGCCUCUUGGUCCGGGGGGCAAGACGACAGGGUGCUGGUCACUUGUGGGGUGGCGUGCUGGGCCUCACCCCUGCCCCCCGCAGCCUGGAAGAUGACCGUCCAGCUGGCACCCGCUCCGGGCCACCUCCGGGUGGCCUUCUUCUCGCCCAGCCCUGCCCGCUUCCAGGUGUGCCUGUGUCACCGAGGGAAGACGUGGCCCCCCGCGUGCCGCCGAGUGCUCCAGGCCACCCCCACCCCUGCGGGCGACCCCGCAGAGGACCCUGCAGUGGCCUUUGUGGACAUUCCCGGGGACCAGGCCUGUGCACCCGGCACCUGCAUCCAGGAGGACCGACGUCCAGUUCUCCGCCCCCCAGCAGCUGUGCGACCUCCAGUGCGCUGCCACCCAGGGGACAGCAGCCUGAGACCAGGUGUCUCACCAAGAAGAAGCAAGUGCCAGGGCCUGAUUGCUGGGAUGUGGUGAGGGGGCAGCUCACGCCUGGGCACGCCAAGCCUCUGACUGUGAAGGCUAGGCCUCAGAGCAGGCGGUGGGGCGGGUCUCACCUGGCCCCAAACCGUGGCACACAUGUGCCUCAGCUCUCCAGAGGCCUGCGGCUGCCAGGGGCCCUUGGGCCAUGCCGGGGCUUCCGGUUGAAGGACCUUCAGCCCCUCUGAACCCCCUGAGUGGGGGCCAAGAGAACGGCUGGGUGGGAUGCGCCCUUCCCCGGAUGGCCCAGCCCCUCACCUGCCCCGUCGCAGCGUGGUCCCGGCUCCCUCUGGACAGCCGGGGGCCACGGCCUGCAUCCCUGGUCCUGAGGACGAGGUUCUCUGGAGUGCAGAGUGUGCCCACACCCCUUCUGUAGUUGGCCAGGUCCGGGGGCCAGGACACACCCACAAUGGCUGAGCUCCACAUACCGGGUGGCCCCCUGCUGCCCAGGCUGGGCCUUCACUGGCCCCCCAGGCUCCCUCACACAGCUCCCCCUCGACCCUUCAAAGACUCCGCUAAGAGCUCGAGGGCGCCCACGGCCCGAACACCACCCUGCACCAGCGCCCCGCAGAGCUCAGACCACCUUCCACUCCCCAGGCCCCCUGCGAGGCCAGUCCAGGGAGGGCUGGCCGCUUCCAUCGGCCUUAGGGGCCACGUGCCAGGACGAGCCAUUCUCAGACGGUCACACUCCCUGAGGGCCACUAUGUGCCAUCUGUGCUCAAGGACCACAGGGGGACCCUUGGCCCUGCAGCGUCACUUCCGUGUCCCAGGCCAGGGGUCACCCAGCAGUUGGCCGGCUGGGUCUGCCCUCCCAGGACCUUCCUGCCGGCUCACAAGGACCACCGGGCCACGCCUUCCGAGCUG